CAAAUAUCCAUACCCAGUACCUUUACUCCGUACAUUACUUCAGAUCCAUCCCUCUGGGGACAUGGAAACUGGCGUUCAGCACCGCUUCUCGGACCUUUUCUUGGAAGCUUUGUCCAAAUUUGUUUACACAAUCCUUGUGUGCUUCCAAUCAUUAAUACACGAGUUGGGCACUGCAUCCUGGUGUAUCCAGACGUCGGGUGCAAGGUACUUCGCAGCACCGUGCGGAUCAGGUCGCGCACUGACAAUCUUGGCGGUCAACCUUGAGGGCUGAGGCGCCGUGCGAUAAGUGCCUGCAAUCCGGCGAUAAGACAGCUGACGAAAGGACGGGAGUCGAUAGCGAGCUGAGCUGCUGAGCCGAGCCGAACAUCGCAUCGACCCUCACAAAGACAGCAUCCAGGGCCGCCAUCUGUCCCAUACGGGCCCACGACAUGGCAGAUGCGACGUCGGUGGUUUUUGCUUUUGCUGCACCAUUGCCACUGCCAUUGCCAUGUCCCCGACCCACGCAAUGAACAACGCGUCGUCAUCGAGUGCCAGCGCCAGCGCUGGUGCCAGUUCCAGUUCCAGUUCCAGUUCCAGUUCCAGUGCCAGUGCCAGUGCGCAGCCCCCCCAAAACACCCCCCAGAAUACGCACUACCCCGACGGCCUCGACGGCGACCCCUUUGGCACAGGGGGCCAUCGCGAUGCUGCCCACUACCUCCACCAUGCCAGCGGCCAUGACAAUGACGACGACAACGACGACAGCGACAUCCUGCGCGACGACCCCCUACGUGACGACCUGGCCGAGCCGCUGUCCUUCAAGCGCAAGCAGAAGCAGGGCCUCCUCUCGCAACCCGCACGCCUCCUGAGCGCCCUCACAGGCGGCGCUGGCGCAUCUCCCUACAGCAACAGCAGCAGCAGCAGCUACCGUCCAACUGGCUCGGGCUCGGGCAGCACACGGCUUGAAGGUCUGGCCCCCGCCGAUGGCCUGCACACAAACUCCAAAGACGGCGUGCCGCUGGACUGGUACGUCGAGGGCCCCGGGAGGCGGGUCGGCUACGAGGACCUGACGGCCAUCGACUGGAUCUUCGAGUACACAAAGGAGCGCCAGCGCCUGCGCGUGCUGCACUCGAGCGCCGCCGGCCUGCUCGGCUACCUCCAGCGCCUCCUCGACGCCAGCCAGGUCUGGGUCAUCCUCGUCCUCACCGGCCUGGCCGUCGGCGCCCUGGCCGCCGCCAUCGACGUCACCACCGACUGGCUGGGCGACCUCAAGUUCGGCUUCUGCUCCACCACCGACGGCGGCGCCUUCUACCUCAGCAAGAGCUUCUGCUGCUUUGGCUACGACGAGCACGCCAUGUGCGGCGGCUGGCGCUCCUGGAGCGCCGCCCUGGGCAUCACCUCGCCCGGCGGCAAGUGGUUCAUAGAGUACUUUUUCUACCUCGUUCUAGCAAUCUUGUUUGCUCUCUCGGCGAGCGCAUUGGUCAGGGAGUACGCCAUAUACGCAAAGCACAGCGGCAUUCCCGAGAUCAAGACGGUUUUGGGCGGCUUCAUCAUCAGGCGGUUUUUGGGCGUCUGGACCUUGAUUACAAAAUCGCUGGGAUUGGUUCUAGCCGUGGCAUCCGGCAUGUGGUUGGGAAAAGAAGGCCCCCUAGUUCACGUCGCUUGCUGCUGCGCUAACCUGUUUACCAAGUUAUUCCCAAACAUAAAUAAUAAUGAAGCGCGGAAGAGGGAGGUUCUCUCCGCAGCCGCAGCCUCAGGCAUUUCUGUCGCCUUUGGGUCCCCCAUCGGAGGCGUCUUGUUCAGUCUCGAGCAACUGUCGUACUACUUCCCAGACAAGACCAUGUGGCAGAGCUUCGUGUGCGCCAUGACGGCCGCCGUGAUGCUGCAGGCCUUUGACCCCUUCCGGUCGGGGAAGCUGGUGCUCUACCAAGUGACGUACACCUCCAGCUGGCACGGCUUCGAGCUUGUGCCCUUUGUCAUGCUAGGCAUCCUUGGCGGCAUCUACGGAGGUCUCUUCAUCAAGGCCAACAUGAAGGUCGCCCAGUGGAAGAAGUCGACCACGUGGCUGCCCGGCCCCGUCGUCCAGGUUGUCGUUGUGGCUCUCCUGACUGCUCUCGUCAACUACCCCAACAACUACAUGCGUGCCCAGUCCUCGGAGCUGGUGUCCAACCUGUUUUCCGAGUGCUCCAUGCUGCUAGACGAUCAGUUCGGCCUCUGCAAGACGGGCGCCGCCUCGGCCGGCACCAUCGUGCUCCUGGUCUUCGCAGCCGUGCUGGGCUUCUUCCUGGCCGCCAUCACCUUUGGCCUGCAAAUCCCGGCGGGCAUCAUCCUGCCGUCCAUGGCCAUUGGCGCCCUGACUGGCCGCGCCACGGGCAUCAUCAUGGAGAUUUGGCAGCUCAACCACCCGGGCUUCAUCGCCUUCCGGACAUGCGAGCCCGACAUCCCCUGCAUCACGCCGGGGACCUACGCCAUCAUCGGCGCCGCUGCCGCCCUGGCUGGCGUGACGCGCAUGACCGUCUCCAUCGUCGUCAUCAUGUUCGAGCUGACGGGCGCCCUGACGUACGUGCUGCCCAUCAUGGUGGCCGUCAUGAUGGCCAAGUGGGUUGGCGACGCCUUCUCGCGCCGCGGCAUCUACGAGUCGUGGAUCCACUUCAACGAGUACCCCUUCCUGGACAACAGCGAGGAGAUGCAGAUCCCGGACAUCCCCGCGUCGCAGAUCAUGACACGCAUCGAGGACCUGGUGGUUCUGACCGCCACGGGCCACACCAUCGCGAGCCUCACCGCCAUCCUCGACGCCCACCCCUACCGCGGCUUCCCCGUCGUCUCGGACCCGCGCGACGCCAUCCUCCUCGGCUACAUCAGCCGCGCUGAGCUGGCCUACAACCUGCACACGUCGACGCAGCCGCCGCGCUCCCUGCCCCCUGAGACCGAGGCCUUCUUCGCCCACCAGCCGCUCGCCGACCCCAACACCACCCUCGACCUGCGCCCCUGGAUGGACCAGACCCCGCUCACCCUACCCAGCCGCAGCCGCCUGCACCUGGCCGUCAGCUACUUCCAGAAGCUGGGCCUGCGCUACGUGCUCUUCAGCGACCGCGGCGUGCUGCAGGGCCUGCUGACCAAGAAGGACGUCUGGUAUGUCCUCAACGGCGCCGAGGAGACGCGCCGCACCGGUACCGGCGGUGGCGGCGGUGACGGCACCGACGCGCCCGGCUUGAACGGCGGCGUCGAGACGGGUAUUACGCGCGAGGACGGCGACGGCGAGCAAGCCGGCCUCUUGCGCGGCAGCGUCCUCGACGACCUGGUCAGUCCCGGCGCCGACACCGCCAGCAUACUGUAGUAGAUUUUUUCCAGUUUUCAUUUUGGUGAAUAUCCAUCCCGGGGGGAUUCAAGCGAGUUUUUGUCAUUUAUCUUUUUUUUAUCGAACGUAAUAGAAUUUCUAAGCUUGGUUCAAUGAU